UGUCAACAAAUUCUUCAUAUUAAAAAUUUGGUUAAAUUUUUUGAUUCUUCUAAGCAAAGUCAGAGAUUAGAUACUGCCCAAAUUGAAGUAAGUAAACAAAAACCGAAAGAAAUAUCUUGUAAUUUAGCUGAUGAAUCUGAGAAUUACAGUAGUUCAGAAGAUGCAGAUAAUGAAACAGCUAAUGAUGAA